AUGAAGCAAGUUACAUUUAGCUCGAAGGAGGACGCAUCAUCAUAUUUGGCGAAAUACAUUAUUGAUAGAAUCAACCAAUUUGCACCUACACCAUCCAAGCCGUUUGUUUUAGGUCUUCCCACCGGUUCAUCGCCAGAAGGUGUAUAUGGCAAGCUAAUUGAGGCGUAUAAAGAGGGGAAAGUAUCGUUCAAAAAUGUUGUGACAUUCAAUAUGGACGAGUAUAUCGGAUUGAAACCUUCGAACCAACAAUCGUACCACUAUUUCAUGUUUAACAAAUUUUUCAACCAUAUCGACAUACCCCGCGAGAAUAUCAAUAUAUUGAAUGGUUUGGCAAACAAUAUUGAAGAAGAAUGUCAUAGGUAUGAGGCUAAGAUCAAAAGUGUGGGGUGCAUUCAUCUCUUCAUGGGAGGAUUAGGGGCCGAGGGGCAUUUGGCAUUCAACGAAGCUGGUUCGGUUAGAGAAUCGAUAACUCGGAAGGUGGCUUUGGUCGAAUCAACUCUCAAAGCUAAUUCCAGGUUUUUCAAUAAUGACACAUCUAAGGUUCCGUCGCAUGCAUUAUCUGUGGGGAUCUCUACCAUUUUGGAUAAUUCGGAUGAAAUCGUCAUUAUUGUAUUGGGAAAAAGUAAGACGUUUGCAUUGGAAAAGACUCUAUAUGGUACGAAGAACGAUGCUAACUACCCAUCUUCGUAUUUGCAGGAUCACCACAACGUGAUGGUCGUUUGCGAUAACGAAGCUGCUGGCCUUAGAGCCAAGUUGUAA